GACGAGGUUACUGAGUCGUGAAGACUGACACAUAGGCGGGGUACGGUAAUGGGAUGUACAUGUUGCUCUGCCAUGAUUGUCCGGUUGGAGUCUGAAGGAACACCAGACAUCGACAUGGAAUGGUUUGGAGGUUUGACUGUACCGGUGACAAUUAUAAUAACCCAGUUUAUUGUUGUCGCCACACAGACCUCAGUAUUCGAUAUUUCGUGUAAUUUCGAACAAGAUCUGUGCAACUGGGCAUCAGCGAAUAUAACGAGAUCCGAGUAUCCCAACGCUUUAGCUCGUACAGGCAAAAGUGGACCAAAACAAGCCAAGGAUGGAGCGUUUUAUGUAUACCUGGACACCACCAGAAUAUCAUCUGGGGUGGACUUUAAGGGAAGCCUCCAGAGGGAUGAUUUAGUGGUACCUAAUGGUUCUGAUAAUGUGUGCUUGCGAUUCUGGUACCACAUGUUCGGGGAAACGAUGGGUAGCCUAGAAGUUUUAAUUGAUGAUUCUAUCGUAUGGACUAAGACAGGAAACCAAAGUGACGCGUGGCAUUGUGCCGUGGUCGACAUAGCAACACUACAAUCUACGAUAUCUUUUGUGGCUUCUAUGGGUAAUGAUACUUAUAGCAUAAUAGCUAUAGACAGCAUUGACGUCCUAAACACUGAAUGUAAACAACAAGAUUGUGAAAACCUCCAAUUUUCAACAACCACAAAAACUACCACUCUACAUUCAUCAACGUUAUCGUCAACAUCGCCGACACAGCCUGUAGGCAUUACGACAACAGCUGCCACACAAAUAAGCCUCGAAGAGUAUAUACCCUACAUAACCGGGAUCCCUGCUGCAAUACUACUAGUAGGGGCAAUCGUUCUCAUUGUUUGUCUGAGGAGACACAAGACAAAACCAAAAGAGCCCUUCAUGGUAGUUCCUUCACACCAAGAACAAAUUAAUAGUUAUGAUCAAUUUCCACAAGAUCAAUAUGACACUAUUGGAGUGAAGGAUGAAGUAUAUGAUUAUAUCAACGACUCGGAGAUUCUCCCUUUAGAAUCACUGCCUACUGGAGAUAUCGGAGUAACGAACACGGCCAACACUGGUCAGGAGAAUAAUGAUUAUGAAGAUCCAAUACCACAAAAUGGCGAAAUCGUAGGUAACCAGGGAGGAAAUGGAGAUGAUGACUACCUAAAUCCGACCAGUAGACAAUCUGCUGUCAUUUCUGACGACGAUUAUAUAACUCCAACCAAUGACCCCGUCCAGCCUCAAAGGACGUCAUCUGGCAUCGACUCGGAAGAACCAGUUCGUGCGAACUUGCAUCGGCCAAGUAUCACCUCGGCAGGCGGAGAGGUUGACAGCCACGACUACCUGGUGAUGACAGGAACGAAAGGAAAGAAGGGAUCUGCUAAUUUAGCAUUUUCACACAAGGAAUAAAGAUUCUUAUAUGAUUGUAUUUUAAUCAGAUGGUAAAGACAAUUCAAACUAGUUAUGCUUUUGAAAUUUGAUAAAUUUCAUAAUAAUAACAAUAUUGUUAAGAACUAAUUAAGCAUUUGCUCUAACGCAAUAGAUGAUUCUGUGUAUUGAAAUUGUAUUUUUGGUAUUUUUUAUUACAUUAAAAUUUCCUUUAUUUGAAAUUUACAAUAUCAUAUUUACUGUAAGUUGUAAUACUUGAAACCAGUUAACCAUUUGCUCUAAAUAAAGUGGUGUAUUUUUCUUUAAAUAACCAUUAUUUGUGAUAAAAUUAUAAUGUUCAGUUGACUUUAUGUUUUAAUUUAAAUAUUAUAUUGUUAGGAUUUUUUUUUUAUUAUAACAUUACAACAAAAUUAAUUGUUAUUAUCGGGCGAGAUUACCUUAACCUGUGUUUAUUCUACUGUUAUAGAUCUAAUUUCUUAACUCCUCCAACACCUCCGUUCUGGCUUAUCGUUAAAACACCGAGAAGUAACACCCAUCUGGUGUCAAAAUUCUUACCUAACCGACGUUUUUCUGUAAUGAUAUGAGGGAGCUAGAUUGGGUGUCCUUCUCUACUGACGUUUCCCUUUGGCGAUUUUAGGGUGCUAGAUUGCGUAUCAUUGUUUACUGACGUUUCCCUGUGAUGUGAGGGACCUAGAUUAUAUGCUCUAGUUUACUGACGGGUCAUUGUGGCAUUGUAAAGAAAAAGAAUUAUGCGCUCUUCAUUAGUGACGUUUUCUUGUGGCGAUGUAGCGGAGCUAGAUUGUAGGCCCCAGUUUUCUGACGUUUCUCCUCCGGCAAUGUGAGGGAAGCAAGGGUGUGUGACCUAAUGCGACACUGCCAACCAACCAUAUGUGUUGUUUCGUCACGAUCUAGACACCACGGAUGUUUCUCGCUAUCUAACCAUCAUAUUGUGGUUUCUUCGCGAUCUAGACACCACGGAUGUUAUUCGCUAUCGUAAUACCAUCAUUUCGGUUUACAUACCAUCCAACCAUCACCGCCUUGUCGCCUGGACUACUUUAUUACGAUAAACCGCAAUAUAGUGAAACAAUAUAUUGUAGCAAUAUAUCUCGCUUAUUUUGAUGAACUUGAUUAAUGCAUACUCGGUAAAACUAUUUUUCUUGUCAUAUUAAUGUCAGAAGUUUUAUUAAUUGUUCCUGUAAUCAGUUUGAUAUCAAAUAAAACAAUGAUAGUAUUUGACAGCAACAUUAUUAAAGGUGUUAAUCGCCAAUGUAAAUUACAAUUUCCUUAUUAAAAGGAACAAAGUAUAAAUGACCUCUUACAAGAACAAUGGAAUUUUGACCAAAACCAGGUGUUAUUUGAAACAACCCAUUCGGUAUUGUUAAACAGUUCAAAGGGCUCUAGGGCAUGUGAUAUAGCCUAUUUAGAGUUGUCCAUCAGAGGUGUACCAUAAGAUUCAUUUAUAUAUACAAUAUAUAUAUAAAAAAAGAACAUUUAAAUAAUGUCGUUUGUUGUCAAAUGAAAUUAUUCUUUCAAGAGUAGGAGUUGCUGGAAAUUAUGAGUUCAAAUUGAAGUUAAAUAUUGUACCAUAGAUAUGUAACACAAUCCUAAAGACAUGAUAUUCAAAUUUUGAGGCACGAUAUUCUACGGACGUGAAGCACCCUCUUCCUUUUCUUGAACACCAAAACUGUUUUUGUAAUUUUAAGGCAUUAUAUUAUGUUGAGUAAUUUCAAAAUUUCAAUCAAAUCGAGAACUAAUAAGUGAAGGCCUAAUUCUUCAUGUUAAAUAAUAAAACAGAACAAGAGUCCCAGAGAGCCUGCAUCGCCGACUUGGGUAUUUCAGAAAUCAUGGCAAAAUAUCUUAUUUACGUUACAAUUAUUUUUCAUUUUUUUAUGAAUCUCCCACUAUUGUUUCAACCGAAUAUAGAGCAAAUAAGUCAUUCUUCAAAAAGGAAUUAAGAGGUUUUUCUUUCCUUUUUCUGCAAUAUUUCCCCAAUCAGGAACCGUCACUCCAAGUGACCCAUACAUUUCAUUUAUACAACUUUAGAUCUCCGUUGCCCCAUAAUGUUUCAGACUAAAUUUCAACAAAAUCCAUGAGUCAUUCAGGGCUCGCAGAUAUCAAAGGGUUUGUUUGUAUUCCCGGUAUUGGGCCUCAUCCCUCUGGCUACAGGGAGUCAGUGUCACUAUUGUGCACAACUUCCACAAAGAGCAAUAAAAAUGAUGGUGAAAUAGUUUUUGUAUUAGCAGUUACAUUAUUGUCAUUUGACCAAUCAUACAGAUAUUCAAACAGUUUGAUGCAUGGUACAAUGUUGCUUUUAUGUGGUACACUUUUCAAAAAAAAAAUACUUUAAAAUUUUUACAUGUAUCCAUGUACAACUAUUAAAAACUCCUCGGUAUCAACAACAGUCUUCAUUGUAUGUACAACCAUUAAAUACUGUCCGGUAUAUAGCCUUAUACAGUCUUCAUUGUAUGUACAACCAUUAAAUACUGUCCGGUAUAUAGCCUUAUACAGUCUUCAUUGUGUGUACAACCAUUAAAUACUGUCCGUAUAUAGCCUUAUACAGUCGUCAUUGUAUGUACAACCAUUAAAUACUGUCCGGUAUAUAGCCUUAUACAGUCUUCAUUGUAUGUACAACCAUUAAAUACUGUCCGGUAUCAAGCCUUAUACAGUCUUCAUUGUAUGUACAACCAUUAAAUACUGUCCGGUAUAUAGCCUUAUACAGUCAUCAUUGUAUGUACAACCAUUUAAUACUGUCCGAUAUAUAGCCUUAUACAGUCUUUAUUGUAUGUACAACCAUUAAAUACUGUCCGGUAUAUAGCCCUAUACAGUCUUCAUUGUAUGUACAACCAUUACAUACUGUCCGGUAUAUAGCCUUAUACAGUCAUCAUAGUAUGUACAACCAUUUAAUACUGUCCGAUAUAUAGCCUUAUACAGUCUUCAUUGUAUGUACAACCAUUAAAUACUGUCCGAUUUAUAGCCUUAUACAGUCUUCAUUGUAUGUACAACCAUUAAAUAAUGUCCGGUAUAUAGCCUUAUACAGUCUUCAUUGUAUGUAUAACCAUUUAAUACUGUCCGGUAUAUAGCCUUAUACAGCAUUCAUUGUAUGUACAACCAUUAAAUACUGUCCUGUAUAUAGCCUUAUACAGUCUUCAUUGUAUGUAAAACCAUUAAAUACUGUCCGGUAUAUAGCGCUAUACAGUCGUCAUUGUAUGUACAAUCAUUAAAUACUGUCCGGUAUAUAGCCCUAUACAGUCGUCAUUGUAUGUACAACCAUUGGAUACUGUCCGGUAUAUAGCCUUAUACAGUCGUCAUUGUAUGUACAACCAUUAAAUACUGUCCGGUAUAUAACCUUAUACAGUCGUCAUUGUAUGUACAACCAUUAAAUACUGUCCGGUAUAUAUCCUUAUACAGUCUUCAUUGUAUGUACAACCAUUAAAUACUGUCCGGUAUAUAACCUUAUACAGUCUUCAUUGUAUAUACAACCAUUAAAUACUGUCCUGUAUAUAGCCUUAUACAGUCUUCAUUGUAUGUAAAACCAUUAAAUACUGUCCGGUAUAUAGAAUUAUACAGUCUUCAUUGUAUGUACAACCAUUAAAUACUGUCCGGUAUAUAGCCUUAUACAGUCGUCAUUGUAUGUACAACCAUUAAAUACUGUCCGGUAUAUAUCCUUAUACAGUCGUCAUUGUAUGUACAACCAUUAAAUACUGUCCGGUAUAUAGCCUUAUACAGUCUUCACUGUAUCUACAACCAUUAAAUAUUGUCCGGUAUAUAUAGCCUUAUACAGUCUUCAUUGUAUGUACAACCAUUAAAUACUGUCCGGUAUAUAUAGCCCUAUACAGUCUUCAUUGUAUGUACAACCAUUAAAUACUGUCCGCUAUAUAGCCUUAUACAGUCUUCAUUGUGUGUACAACCAUUAAAUACUGUCCGGUAUAUAUAGCCCUAUACAGUCUUCAUUGUAUGUACAACCAUUAAAUACUGUCCGGUAUAUAGCCCUAUACAGUCGUCAUUGUAUGUACAACCAUUAAAUACUGUCCGGUAUAUAGCCUUAUACAGUCUUCAUUGUGUGUACAACCAUUAAAUACUGUCCGCUAUAUAGCCUUAUACAGUCUUCAUUGUGUGUACAACCAUUAAAUACUGUCCGGUAUAUAUAGCCCUAUACAGUCUUCAUUGUAUGUACAACCAUUAAAUACUGUCCGCUAUAUAGCCUUAUACAGUCUUCAUUGUAUGUACAACCAUUAAAUACUGUCCGGUAUAUAGCCUUAUACAGUCUUCACUGUAUGUACAACCAUUAAAUACUGUCCGGUAUAUAGCCUUAUAAGUCUUUAUUGUAUGUACAACCAUUAAAUACUGUCCGGUAUAUAGCCUUAUACAGUCUUCAUUGUAUGUACAACCAUUAAAUACUGUCCGGUAUAUAUAGCCUUAUACAGUUUUCAUUGUAUGUACAACCAUUAAAUACUGUCUGGUAUAUAGCCUUAUACAGUCUUCAUUGUAUGUACAGCCAUUAAAUACUGUCCGGUAUAUAGCCUUAUACAGUCUUCAUUGUGUGUACAACCAUUAAAUACUGUCCGGUAUAUAGCCUUAUACAGUCUUCAUUGUGUGUACAACCAUUAAAUACUGUCCGGUAUAUAGCCCUAUACAGUCGUCAUUGUGUGUACAACCAUUAAAUACUGUCCGGUAUAUAGCCUUAUAAGUCUUUACUGUAUGUACAACCAUUAAAUACUGUCCGGUAUAUAGCCUUAUACAGUCUUCAUUGUAUGUACAACCAUUAAAUACUGUCCGGUAUAUAUAGCCUUAUACAGUUUUCAUUGUAUGUACAACCAUUAAAUACUGUCUGGUAUAUAGCCUUAUACAGUCUUCAUUGUAUGUACAACCAUUAAAUACUGUCCGGUAUAUAGCCUUAUACAGUCUUCAUUGUGUGUACAACCAUUAAAUACUGUCCGGUAUAUAGCCUUAUACAGUCUUCAUUGUGUGUACAACCAUUAAAUACUGUCCGGUAUAUAGCCCUAUACAGUCUUCAUUGUAUGUACAACCAUUAAAUACUGUCCGGUAUAUAGCCUUAUACAGUAGUCAUUGUAUGUACAACCAUUAAAUACUGUCCGGUAUAUAGCCUUAUACAGUCUUUAUUGUAUGUACAACCAUUAAAUACUGUCCGGUAUAUAGCCCUAUACAGUCGUCAUUGUAUGUACAACCAUUACAUACUGUCCGGUAUAUAGCCUUAUACAGUCUUCAUUGUAUGUACAACCAUUAAAUACUGUCCUGUAUAUAGCCUUAUACAGUAUUCAUUGUAUGUACAACCAUUAAAUACUGUCCGGUAUAUAGCCUUAUACAGUCUUCAUUGUGUGUACAACCAUUAAAUACUGUCCGGUAUAUAUCCUUAUACAGUCUUCAUUGUAUGUACAACUAUUAAAUACUGUCCGGUAUAUAGCCCUAUACAGUCGUCAUUGUAUGUACAACCAUUAAAUACUGUCCGGUAUAUAACCUUAUACAGUCAUCAUUGUAUGUACAACCAUUUAAUACUGUCCGAUAUAUAGAAUUAUACAGUCUUCAUUGUAUGUACAACCAUUAAAUACUGUCCGAUAUAUAGCCUUAUACAGUCUUCAUUGUAUGUACAACUAUUAAAUACUGUCCGGUAUAUAGCCCUAUACAGUCGUCAUUGUAUGUACAACCAUUAAAUACUGUCCGGUAUAUAG